AUGGGACUAGUCAGUGACGUGCAAAUUGCUUUAAAUUCAAAAAAAAAAUCUGCGGUGAUAGAAGCUGAAAUAAAGUAUGAAUCCAAGAGAAGAAUACCACUUCUCGAAAAACAAUUGCUGCACGCGGAACCAGAGUACUUAACUGUAAAUAAUCUUCAUGGAAGAACUCUGCCUACACCAGUGUCUUGUAGAGUAUGUGGUGAUCGAUCAUAUGGAAAACAUUACGGCGUUUAUUGCUGCGACGGUUGCUCGUGUUUUUUCAAGAGAUCCGUGCGUCGCGGUGCUCUGUUCACUUGCACAAAUAGCGAUGGAUCCUGCACCGUUGACAAAGCUAGACGAAAUUGGUGUCCACAUUGUCGUCUAAAGAAAUGUUUCUCCGUUGGCAUGGAUACAACGGCGGUGCAGGAAGAACGAGGGCCGCGUGCACGAAAUAAUGCGCUCUCAAAUUCGCAUAAUUCUAACAUCACCUGGAAGCCUAGAGCCGAUUCAUCAACGACCUUUUGUUCACGCUUUAAUAAUGCCGAGAUAUAUUUGCCUUUCAAGAAUUCCACACUAAAUAAUACUUUAAUGACGAAGACGUUACGCGAGUCUGAAGCCAGAGAAAAUAUUUUCUUUCCUGUCAUGUCGCGCCAGCCGACGAGGAUUAUAUCGCCCGGUACGGCUAUACAGUAUGAAAUAUCUGCACAAAUAUUCCUGGCUGCUAUUCGGAACGCACGUCGCCAUCAAGACUUUUCGAUGCUGAAUGUGGAGGAACAAAACAAGAUGCUUCGUCGCGGAUGGUCCGCUCUUUUUGUUUUACGUGCAGCCACGUGGCCGAUUGAUUUGAUGAACGUACGAGGACAAGGUGCGACGAGUAACGACAGUGCUUCAGCCUGCAUAAUCGCAACGCGCACCGCUAUCGCAAAAUUGCAACUCGACGAUAUCGAACUAUGCAUUUUGGACACGUUUGCACUGUGUCGUCCCGAGAUCGCCGAUACUACCAACGGUUUCCACGUAAUGUCACAAGCGAGAAAUAAUGCUGUGGAAGCUCUAAUACGACAUCUUCAACAGCGAGACGAUCGCGAGAGCAAACUGGCGAAGAUUCUAUUUGUCCUACCACUUCUUACCGGAUGCUGCUCUCGAGAAUUGGCCGAAGAAUUGUUCGCACCAAUUAUCGGCGAUACAGAUCUGGAAAGAGUUAUCGCGUCUGUGCGAUAAAUCUUUCGCAACAAUGAAAAUAUUUAGUCGAUAAUCGCACAUUAUCAGAUCAGAUUUAAUAGAUAUUAAUCUGUAUAAAUCGUCCUACUUACAAUUAACUAUGUAAUGAUCAAUCAAAAAUACACAAAUUACAAUAGAGUGAAUUAAAAUGAAAGAUUGACGAUAGAUUCCUGUAAUUAUUCUCACUCUAGUUUAAUCGACACUAUCACCAUUUUAUUUGCAAAAAGAACACAACAGAACUCAUUCACUUUUCUAUUUACGUUAUAUAAAAUAUAUCCUGCCUAUUAUUUGGAAAAUCAAUCGAUCGUAAAGCGUUUUAAUUUCUAUCGAUAGAACU